UGAAACAUGACAACUGGUAAACAAACGAAUGCCAAUAUUCAAACAGAACACCAACAUAACCCCGAACGGAACGGAACGGGUGCCGAAAAGUCUUUACGCUCUUGAUCAAGCAAUUCCCCUAUGUUCGGCGUGUAUUCUGUUGUAGUUUUCAUUACGUAACAGACAAUGUCAUCAUCUGAAGAAAAAACAACAAGCCCACCCGCCAGGAGACGGCGUUCGAGCAUUCUCAGAAGGAAGUCUGUUAUUCCUAUUGCUGAAGAGCAUACUUAUGAGCUCGCGUUAAGAGAGUACAUAUCUGAUACAAAAAGGGAAAAGUCGGAAUGGGAUGAUUUAUAUCGUCAGCGGAAGUCUCAAUUUAAAAUUUCAGAAGAUGCGUUGGCUCAGGUUACUGCUGAGCCACCAACAAUCACCCCUGAUGUUGUUCAACAAGAUCUUACUGAGGAUGAUAUAAUUCAUUUCCAACAACGACCAGAUUAUGAAAAACUUUGCAAUGAUAUGGACAGAUUUGUAGAAACAGCAGCAAUGAUCAAAGCGAAAUUGAAGGGAUUACAAUCAGUGUCAAAUUACACCUUUCUGUCAUCAAAGGCUCGUUUGAAUGCAUUAUCAAAUAGUAUAUGCACUUUUAAUGAUACUGUUCCAUUGUGGCUACAGGAUCCAUUGAAGAUCCAGAAUCGUAAAGUUAAAUAAAAUAUAUGGGCUAUAUCAAGUUAAGGAAAUUCACAGUU